UCUAGGGUUCUUAUUAAUAUCUAUAUAAAACUCUUCCCAACUUAUCAAUGGCUUCCAAGGUUGCUCUUGUGAUUCUUGUCCAUGUCGUCUUCGCCACAUUGGUGAGUUCCACUUCGGUUCCAUGCCCACCACCACCCCACAAGAAAUACCCUCCCACGCCACACCACAAGGCCACUUGCCCUAGAGACGCCCUCAAGCUUAAGGUGUGUGCUAAUGUGUUGAAUCUUGUGAAGGUCUCUCUGCCGCCGCAGUCCAGCUGUUGUGCCCUUAUCAAGGAUCUCGUGGAUCUUGAAGCCGCCGCUUGUCUCUGCACCGCCCUUAGGGCUAAUGUUUUGGGCAUUAACCUGAACGUUCCGAUCUCGUUGAGUCUUGUCCUCAACCACUGUGGCAAGAAGGUUCCUUCUGGUUUCCAAUGUUCUUAGAGUGGUUGAUUUGUCUCAUAUUUUAUCUUGUCUUACUCUUUCGAUUAUUUAUCGAUUUCAAGUUUGUUUGUUUCUCGAAUUAUUUUGUCUUAUUACAUUGUUGUGCUCCGGUAUUGCCA